AUGGAACCUUUCUUUUUCUUUUAUUCACUUCUCUAUUUUGUGUUGCUGAGCCCGAGCUUUUCGUCUUCCUUUGUGCAUUAUCGUUGCUCUCCCAGUGAAGCUUUUGCUUUGCUCCAGUUCAAGCAACCCUUUGAAAUCUCUUCCUAUGCCAGUGAGUGUUAUACUUCUAUCCCAAAAAUAAUGUCUUGGAAUGAGAGUAGGGAUUGCUGCACUUGGGAUGGAGUCACUUGUGACAUGUUAAUGGUUCAUGUUAUCGGCCUGCACCUUAGUUGUAGUGGGCUUGGUGGAAGUGUUCAUCCCAACAGCAGCCUCUUCCAACUUCAUCAUCUUCAAACACUAAAUGUUGCUUACAAUAACUUCAGUUCUUCUUCAAUUCCAAAUGAUAUUGGUCACUUGAGGAAUUUGAGGCAUCUCAACCUUUCUGCCUCUAAAUUUUAUGGUAAAAUCCCAAUAGAAAUCUCAUACCUUUCCAAUUCAGUUUCACUUGAUCUUUCUUGUUAUGGGUGUGGAAUACGACUUAAUCAGGAAACAUUUGAAACACUGCUUCAAAACUUCAAAAAUCUGGAGGUAGUUUCUCUCUCUUAUGUCAACAUCUCAUCUCCAAUACCUAUGAAUGUGUCUUCUUCAUUAAGGUACGUGGAUCUUGAAUUUGCCAAUUUGCAAGAUGUUCUGACAGAGAGCUUUUCUAUUCUGCCUAACUUGGAAAGGCUCAAAUUGCGUUACAUUUCUCUUCUCAAAGGAUUUUUACCAAAGGUCCACCCCAGCAGCACUCUAUUGGAGUUGGAUAUUUCAAACAUAGGCAUCUCCGGUGAGCUGCCUAAUUCAAUUGGAACCUUGAGUUCCUUAAAUAGCUUGAACCUCCAUGAAUGUGACUUCUCUGGUUCAAUUCCUGAUUCCAUUGGAAACCUAACCUAA